AAGUCAUCGGUGACGCUAAAGCUUGCGAAAAAAACUACGAAAGUCUGAAACGUCUGGCCGACGACCACUACAAAAAUCAGUACCCUCGAAGCGCGCAAUUCAGCAGCAGUAGUUUGAGCGCCGACAGUUGUAAAAUCCUGCUCGCCAAUGAAAACCUCUCGCCGGUACCUGGCACUUGGAUUAGAAACUUGUGGAAGGAUUUUAGAGGAUGGCAGAAGAGCAAAUAGCUCGUUCGUCUCGUUAUCCGGUUCCAAUCGUGUUCGAGGUCGCACUUCCGGUCAUGUACCUGUCAUGGUCGAUAAAGUAGUCGACUUCAUGCAGCCAGAGAAAUGCCAGCUUAUCGUAGACAUGACUUUUGGAGCCGGAGGCCAUACUCGUAAACUGCUAGAGAAAUCCUCGACCGUACGUAUCGUUUGCUUGGAUCGAGAUCCCGUAGCUUUCUCGUACGCUCAAAAGCUCCAGCUCGAGUACCCCGAUCAAGUAUUACCGCUUCAUGGUAAAUUCAGCGAUCUACCUAGCCUGCUGGAAGCUCACAACAUCGGUCAAAACUCCAUCGACGCGAUGCUCUUCGAUUUCGGAAGCUCUUCUAUGCAGUUCGACGAUCCUAACCGAGGGUUCGCAUUGAGUAAAGACGGUCCUCUAGAUAUGCGAAUGAAUACCUCGGAAGAAGACAGCGUUACAGCAGCCGAUGUCUUGGCCCAUGCUUCCGAACGUGAUUUACACAAGAUACUGAAAAUCUACGGCGAAGAACCGCAAGCUAAACAGAUAGCUAAAGCUUUGGUCGAAACUCGUACAUCGUACGGUUGCCUAAGGAAGACAUCCCAGUUAAAGGAUCUGGUCGAACAAACGUUACAGAACCAAAUACGAUUAGAUAAGCUGGGUAGAUACGCUCAUGUCUCCACCAGAGUAUUCCAAGCUCUGAGGAUAUUCGUGAAUAACGAAAUGAACGAGAUUAAUUACGCGAUGAUCGUAGCUCAGAGAUACCUGAAACUGGGCGGUGUUAUGGUUACGUUAUCGUUUCAUUCGCUAGAGGAUACGAUAGUUAAACGACACGUUACCGGAAACGUUUCGGAAAACGCUGCUAACGAGUUACCGAUGAGGUUGUACAGUUUUAGUUUAACGUUUCCUCAAGAAUCGCUCGAACCGAAGGCUAAAACGUGCUGGCGUCAGAUUAAUAAACACGUGAUUACUCCAGAUGAUCUGGAGAUCGCGUCGAAUCCGAGGAGUAGAUCGGCCAAGCUGAGGGCUUGUGUUAAAAUUAGAUGAGUCGAGGUGUUAGCUUAACGUAGAAUAUUCAUCAUCAGUGUUAAUAAAGUCUUGCGACUUGGUA